ACAGACAGACAGACAAAGAGACAGAGAGACAGAGAGACAAAUAGACAGACAGACAAACAAAGAGACAGACGGACAGGCAAAGGACAGACAGAGUGACAGAUAGACAAACAGACGGACAGACGGACAGACAGAGACAGAUAGACAGACAAACAUACAAAGAGACAGACAGACUAAAGUCGCUGGAGAAUAUUUAGCCUGUACUAGCAGUAAUUGCAGUAUGCAAAUAUAUGACAGACAGACAAAGAGACAGACAGACUGACAAAGAGAGGCAGACAGACGGACGGACGGAUGGAUGGAUGGAUUGAUAGGCAAACAGACAAUCGUACUACUACAAUGUUUCCUUAGCAUUCUGGUAUAUUGGCUGCUCUUGACUGCAUCAAACAACACAAACUGGCCAACAUGCAGGUUUGAGAUUAAGGGAUUCCCUACAGUGAAGUAUUUCAAGUAUGUGUGUGUGUGUCUCGCGGUUUGAUCGAAUAUCUCACCUUCAUGGCUGUCAUAUCAAGGGAUGGGAAGUUUGCAUUUGACUACCCAGGCAGUUGUACCACAGAUGCACUCCUUGAAUUCAUGAACAAUCCUGUGGAGACGACAGCAGCACCUCCAGAGCCGAAGUGGAGUGACCAGGAGAGUGGCGUGAAUCAUCUUACGGAUGAGAAGUUUGGUGGUUUUGUGGAGAAUAGAGAGCACGUGCUGGUCAUGUUUUAUGCUCCACGGUGUGGUCAUUGCAAGAAAGCCAAACGAGAGUUUGAAUCUGCUGCUGAAACAUUGUCUGGCCACGACAACCAAGCAUUAGCAGCAAUCGAUUGCACAGAAUUUUCUGAUGUUUGUACGCAGCAUGGAGUGAAAGGUUAUCCUACAUUUCUAAACAAUUAUUUUCAGUUUGUAUCUAAGCUAUCACAACUUUGGCUAUUGCGACAUAAAUAACGAUUUUGAGUGAUUUAGAAGUGUUCUUAGUACUUGUCAUUAUCUCAAAAUUGACGUAAGUUU